AUGCAAAGAAGAUAUAACAUUAGAUCACGUUUGGAAGGAGAUAGGAGAUUUGUUAACGUUUUUAACUAUUUGAACUAUAAAAAAUUAUUUGGAGAUUCAAAUUGGUAUGGUUUACCAAUUCUCAGACAAUUGGAAAUUUAUGCAGGAGAAGAUUCUUAUCCAAAAUUCUGCAGGCACAUAAGAGAUAAUAAUUAUGAUGGCAUUUCUAAGAGAGAAAGGAUAGUUGUUGGAUUUUCAAAGAUCGUUGGUCAUGAUUUAUCUCCUCAUUUAGAUAGAACUGCACUUUAUCAAUGUGGCAGCAACUGUAAGAACUAUAUCAAAGAUUUACCUCCUUGCAAUGUUUCUAUUGAAUACAUUGUUGAAAGACACUUUUAUGAUAGAAAAGAAGUUCCUUCCACUGCAGUUCCUAAGAUUUUAGCGGUUUACAUUUUAGAUGAUGGAAGAUUAAGAUUUCUUGUAGAUUUCGAAGGUGGAGGAAGCUGGAGUAACAUGGGAGGUGUUGAAAUUCGCGAUGAAGAUGAGAACUUUGUUUGUUUUUUGGAUUCUAGUGAUAUUAUAAUUAGUGCUGAUAAAUGGGAGCCAGGAAAGGUCUUUAAAUUUAGAGGAUUUGGUUUAGAUAUGAAAAUGAGACAACCCUUGGUUUAUAAAGUUCCUUCAAAAUUCCACAGAAGUACCUUUAAUUUUUCAGUCCAUAUUUCAAACCAGCAAAAUUCAGCGCUCUCUGGAAUGAUGGAUGAUGAUAAUUCAACAUGUUUAUUCACAGAUCCAUUAAGCAGUAAAGAACUAACUGUUUUGAUAAUUGAUGCAGAAAUUCCAAGAGAAUUAGUUGGUAUUAGGUGGGCACAAACAAGAGGAAAUGCAGGAAAAACAAAGCAUUUUACAAUUCAUACUUCUCUUGAUAAUGAAUCUUGGACCGAGUUAUUUGUUUAUCACCAGAACUUGACAUUUUUUUAA